CAGUAGAUGGCGCUGUUGUAGCGGCGUUAACUCAGUUAUAAGCGACAAAAACAACACGAAAACAACAGGAGCUCACUUUCUACACGAGGUCGCUUAUUCAGAGGAUUUGGGCUGCGAGCUGCCUUUGGUUUUUGUUUAAAAGAUGGUGAAUGUGUUAAAAGGAGUUCUUGUGGAAUGUGAUCCUGCCAUGAAGCAGUUCCUCCUCUACCUGGAUGAGACCUGUGCUCUGGGGAAGAAGUUCAUCAUUCAGGACCUGGAUGAUACACACGUUUUUAUCUUGGCUGAAGUUGUGCACAUACUACAGGAGAAAGUCGGCGAGCUCAUGGACCAGAACUCUUUCCCCAUCACCCAGAAAUAAACUGCACACACACUCCACAUUGCUCUUUCCCCUCUGUAUCUGGUGAUGAAAUGGAGACUAGACGUCCCACUGAAUUCCUGCUUCUCACAAACACAUUCAGCAUGCAGAGAUAUGCUUUUCUGCUGUAAAACAUUAGGUGUCCUGCUAAUGCAUCUUUAAGUUCAUGGAGAAUAUCAGUAUACUGAUUAGAGUGUCUGUGCAACACGUAUAAAUAUCCAUCCAAUGUUUUUUAUUUGUUGAUCUCAUUAUGGGUAGCAAGUUUGCCUCACACCUCCAGGGUUGGGGGUUCGAAUCCCACCUCUGCCCUGUGUGUGUGGAGUUUGCAUGUUCUCCCCAUGCUUCAGGGGUUUCCUCUGGGUACCCCGGUUUCCUCUCCUAGUCCAAAGACAUCGUGUAGGCUGGUUGGCAUCUCUAAAUUAUCCGUAGUGUGUGAAUGUGUGUUCUGUGUGAUUGUGCCCUGCGAUGUGGUGGCACCCCUUCCAGCAUAGGGUGUCCCCCGUCUUGUGCCCCAAGUUCCCUGGGAUGGUCUCCAUGACCCUGUGUAGGAUAAGCGAUACAGAAAAUGGAUUGAUGGAUGAUGACAUUAUUUAAUUAAAUUCAUGAGAGAUCAGAUACUCAGUUCCAUGGAUGUGCUUCUCGCAUAUCUUCUCACUUUAAACAUGGUAAAUGUUAUAGUAUUCAGAUGAAGAGUGUACUUUUGUACUGCAGUUUAAUGUUUUUUUUUUUUCUUAUGAUAAAGAUCUGAUGUCAGUGUCUGAGAAAUAAAUAAAAAACAAACCACGUAGGUUGUAAUAUUUAUACCAGA